AGUCUGGCAACACUCUUCCCAGCUGAUAAUUCGGCCUGCCUUCCAUAAAUUUUGCUAUUCAGGAGCAUUAAGUUGCAAAAAUCAAAGAAAACAUGCCCGUGGUGAACGUGACUGCUGCCGAGGAGUACCAGAAGUACAUAAAUGCGGACAAGACGACCGUGGCGCUAUUCGCCGCCGACUGGGCGGAGCAGUGUGGUCAGGUGAAAGACGCGCUGGAGGAGCUGUCCAAGAUUACUGGCGAGAAACUGCAGUUCAUCAGCCUAAAUGCCGAACAAUUUCCAGAGAUUUCCAUGAAGCAUCAGAUCGAAGCCGUGCCCACAGUGAUCUUCUUCGCCAAGGGCUCCGCUGUGGACCGCGUCGACGGAGUGGACAUUGCCGCCAUCAGCAGCAAGUCCAAGAAGUUGGCCGAAAGUGCCAGCAGCGCGGCGGCAACGGGACAAACGCUGGAGGACCGCCUGAAGGCCCUGAUCAACACGGCUCCGCUGAUGAUCUUCAUGAAGGGCGACCGGAAUGGACCGCGCUGCGGCUUCUCCAAGCAACUCAUCGCUAUUGUUAACGACACAAACUUACCAUACGAAACAUUUGACAUCCUGAGCGAUGAGGAGGUACGCCAGGGUCUGAAGACCUACUCCGACUGGCCCACCUAUCCGCAGGUGUACGUCAAGGGCGAACUAAUCGGCGGACUGGACAUCAUCAAGGAACUGCUGGCCAACAAGGAGCUCGAGGCCACGCUCAAGGGCUAAUUUCAUCGAACUGCGACCCACUCCUUCGACACCUCAAUCCAAGAACAAACUUUUUGCUAAGUCCUUAGGCUUUUGUAUAAAUAAAGGAUUUUUGCCAACA